GCGCCCACUAUGGUGGCGGGCGCGUUCCCGCUGGCCAAGCUGCUGACGCUGGGCGCGCGCCAGCUCAGCCGCCCCCUGGCGGCGCGCAUCAAGGCGGGGGCGCGCGCGAGCCCCUUCUUCAGGGCCUACAUCUGCCUGCCCCCCGCCCAGCUGUACCACUGGGUGGAGAUGAGGACCAAGAUGCGGCUGCUGGGGUUCCGGGGGGCGGCGGUGAAGCCCCUGAACGAGGAGGCGGCGGCCGAGCUGGGGGCAGAGCUGCUGGGGGAGGCGCUGGUCUUCGGGGUCGGGGGGCUCUGCCUCUACCUCGAGUACCUGCGGCAGGCGGGGCAGAGCCGGCGGCGCGAGGAGCACCUGGAGCAGACCCUGAGCGACCUGCGCCGGGACAUCGAGGGGCUCCGGAGGGACCUGCACGAGCUCAGGGGACACGGGGGGCAGGGGCGGCCCCCCCAGGGGCAGGGACACCCCCAGAAGGGGGAGGGACACCCCCAGAAGGGGGAGGGACACACCCAGGGAGGGGCCGGACACGCCCAGGGAGGGGCCGGACGCCCCCAGACUGGUGCUGGGAAUGGGGCGCCAGGCGAUGGCCACGCCCCUGUGGUGACGAGCCACGCCCCCGCGGCCACGAGCCACGCCCCCGUCGGGUCAGGCCACACCCCCUGACAAUAAAGUGCCCUCGUGAUGUG